CUUUUCAUAUCUCCACAUCCUGAAUUGGUGUUAGCAACAAAAAAGAUGGCUCAGGGAAGAGGCAUUAGUGCAAUAGUGAUGGUAUUCUAUAUGUUGGUGGUUUCCUCUGAGAUGGCUCAUGCAAAAUCCUUUGUGGUUGGAGAUGCAGCUGGUUGGACCUUUAAGAUGACUAACUGGACUUCUGGAAAGACUUUCAAGGCUGGUGACACACUUGAAUUCAACUAUAAUCCUUCGAUUCACAACGUGGUGGUAGUGGACGAGGCUGGAUAUAAUUCAUGCAGUGCUUCAAAAGGAUCAAAAAAAUAUCAGUCAGGACAUGAUCACAUCAAUCUUGCCAAAGGAGGAAACUACUUCAUCUGCACCUUUCCUGGUCAUUGUCAGGCUGACAUGAAAAUUGCGGUUAAUGCUGCAUGAUAUAAGCCUAAUUAAUAUUAUCUGUCAUAUGUUGCACCUUUUUCAUCAGUUCUUUUUAUCCUUUUUUGUUUUCUAGUAUUUUAAGCAUCUUGAAAACGAUGAUAUCAUCCGUUUUAGAUGAACGUAGGAAAUAAAUGGGUGCGAAAAAAUUGGUGUCUCAAUGUAUGUUUAUUAAAGAUGGCUUCAGUCGCAAUAGAUGAGAAAGAUUUUUAUGUU